UAAAAGACAAGGCACCGGUCCAUUAUAAAGGUGGGUAUCUAUUUCCAUAAGAUUCCUAAUAUCAUUUUCAUUUUCCGUAUGCGACAAGUAAGAUAUUGCAUUAUCCCUGAAAACACUACUCUCGAUCAAUCUCUGAAAUGUUACAAAAAAUAACAAAGUAAGAUAUUAAUGCAAAGCAAUGGGUUCCUUACCACAACCCAAUCUUCCUGUUAUUGACUUGUCUGUAAAAAACUUAAACUUUACUUCAAGUUCUCAUGUCACAACCUGCGAUGAAGUGGUGCGAGCCCUUGAAGAAUACGGGUGUUUCGUAGCCAUUUAUGAUGGGGUGUCUCAAGAACUCCAUGAUGCAAUCUUUCGUGCGUCGCAAGAAUUGUUUGAUUUGCCCAUUGAAGUGAAGGUUUUAAACACUUCAGAUACACCAAUGCAUGGUUAUGUUGGGCAAAUACCCGCUAAUCCUCUUUAUGAAGGCUUGGGUAUUGAAAAUGCAACCACUAAAGAAGGAGUUGAAAAUUUCACAAAAACCAUUUGUCCUGUAGGGAAUGAAAGUUUUAGUGAAAAUGUAUUGAUGUACACAAAGGCUGUAUCCGAAUUAGAUCAGAUAGUGAUGAGAAUGGUUGCUAAAAAUUAUGGAAUACAGGAACACUAUGAAUCUCUCCGCAGGGCAACAACUUAUCUAUUUAAACUCUUAAAGUACUCGAGUCCUAAAGGAGAUGAAAGGGAAAUAGGAGUUGUUCCACACAAGGAUACAAGUUUCAUGUCCAUUCUUCAUCAACAUGAAAUAAAAGGUCUAGAAAUCCAGACAAAAGAUGGGGAGUGGAUUGAAGUUGAUCCUUUGCCCUCAUCUUUCAUUGUCAUGGCGGGCGAAGCUUGCAUGGCAUGGACGAAUGGAAAGAUUGAACCAACAUGUCACAGGGUAAUGAUGCAACGGGACAAGGACAGAUAUUCCCUCGGGCUAUUUACAUUUAUCCGGGAUCUCAAGAUACAGACACCUCAAGAACUCGUUGAUAAUAAUCAUCCUCUACAAUAUGAUGCAUUUGAUCACUACAAGUACCUUCAUUACCAUGCCUCUAGUGAAGGACAGAAAUCGAAGUUCCCCGUAAAAUCCUACUGUGGAACUUAAGGCACCCUACGAACCUCUAUUGUUCUAGUCUUAAGUGCUACCGCGUCUUCAACUGCAUCUGUGUUGUUUGUUUCUUGAUUUCCUAGAGUUUAAGCGUGAAUAUGAUUAGUUGCCUAGAUGUUGUGUUAACCUUGCAAGCUUGUAAUAAGACAGUUAAUCUUAUUGUAUAUGCAUUAUCAUGUGAUA